UAGUCGGAAGGUCGGAGUGUGCGGUGAUGGGAGUGAGGUGACGGGCCAAGAAGACGCAGGAGGAGGCUUUGUACACACUGCAAAGGGACGGCCUGACUGUUGGGGACACCGCCGCCUGCGGGGUGCAUCGGUACAAAGUCCGACCGGAUCCCUCGACUGUCGCCACUCCUCUCCGCCCAGGAGCUCCGAUGGCGGCGGCUGCGCUGAGGGACCCGGCUCAGGGCAGUGUGACCUUUGAGGAUGUGGCCGUGUACUUCUCCUGCGAGGAAUGGUGUCUUCUUGAUGAGGUUCAGAUACACCUGUACCUUGAUGUCAUGCUGGAGAACUUUGCCCUUGUCUGCAUGCUGGGUUCUUGGCGUGGAGUCGAUGAAGAGACACCUUCUGAAGAGAACAUAUGUGUGGAGGGAGUAUCACAGAUUAGGACCCCCAGGGCAGGUUCAUCUCCCGAGAAGGCCCAGCCCUGUAAGAUGUGCGUCCCAGUCUUGAGAGACAUUUUGCACUUGGCUGAAGAGCAGGGAACAAAUAGGGGCCAGAAAGCAUACACAUGUGGGGCAUGUGGGAAACAGUUCUAUUUCACUGCAAACCUUCAACAGCACCAGAAGCAGCACAUUAGAGAGAAACCCUUCCGAUGUGAUGUGGGGAGACUUGCAUUUUUGAAGAGCUUCACAGUCUACGCUUCAGGGAAUCUCUCUGUGUACAGUGAAAUUGGGAAGAAAUUAGCAGCCAACAUGGGACUUCAGCAACAGGCCAGUAAUAUCAGGAAGGAACGAAACAACAGUCACGAGUGUGAAGCUGUUUUUCACAGUGGAACAAUUAAUCGGAGCUGGGGAGAAGGCAAGAAAGCCUCCAGCCACACAGAUAUGUGUGAGAGAGUCGUCACUAGUGAAGGGUUUUGUGAGUGCAGCAAAUGUGGGAAAGCCUGCACCCAAAGUUGUAAUCUUAUGCAGCACCAGAGAGUUCACACUGGAGGAAAGCCUUAUGAGUGCAGCGAAUGCGGAAAAUCCUUUAGCCGAAGCCACCACCUCAGUGUGCAUAGGAAGAUCCACACCGGAGAAAAGCCUUAUGCAUGCAAGAAAUGUGCUAAAUCUUUUCUCCAAAGGUCCAGCUUCAUUCAACAUCAGAGAGUUCACACUGGAGAAAAGCAUUAUGAAUGCAGUGAAUGUGGAAAAUCUUUUAGCAAAAAGUCCAAUUUCCUUCAACAUAAGAGAGUUCAUACUGGAGAAAGGCCUUAUGAGUGCAGUGAAUGUGGGAAAUCCUUUAUCCAUAGAUGUCAACUUUUUAUACACCAGAGAGUUCACACAGGAGAAAGGCCUUAUGAGUGCAGUGAAUGUGGGAAAUCCUUUAUUCAUAGAUGUCAACUUCUUAUACACCAGAGAGUUCACACAGGAGAAAGGCCUUAUGAGUGCAGUGAAUGUGGGAAAUCUUUUACAGUUAGGUCUGUCCUGCAAAAUCAUCAGAGAAUUCAUACUGGAGAAAGGCCUUAUGAGUGCAGCCAAUGUGAGAAAUCCUUUAUCCACAGAUGUCAACUUCUUAUACACCAGAGAGUUCACACAGGAGAAAGACCUUAUGAGUGCAGUGAAUGUGGGAAAUCUUUUACAGCUAGGUCUGCCCUCCAAAAUCAUCAGAGAAUUCAUACUGGAGAGAGGCCUUAUGAGUGCAGCCAGUGUGGGAAGUCCUUUAUCCAUAGAUGUCAACUUCUUAUACACCAGAGAGUUCACACAGGAGAAAGGCCUUAUGAGUGCAGCCAAUGUGGGAAAUCUUUUACAGCUAGGUCUGGACUCCAAAAUCAUCAGAGAAUUCAUACUGGAGAAAGACCUUAUGAGUGCAGCCAAUGUGGGAAAUCCUUUAUCCAUAGAUGUCAACUUCUUAUACACCAGAGAGUUCACACAGGAGAAAGGCCUUAUGAAUGCAAUGAAUGCGGGAAAUCUUUUACAGCUAGGUCUGCCCUCCAAAAUCAUCAGAGAGUUCACACAGGAGAAAGGCCUUAUGAGUGCAAUGAAUGUGGGAAAUCCUUUAUUCAUAGAUGUCACCUUCUUAUACACCAGAGAGUUCACACAGGAGAAAGGCCUUAUGAGUGCAGUGAAUGUGGGAAAUCCUUUAUUCAUAGAUGUCAACUUCUUAUACACCAGAGAGUUCACACAGGAGAAAGGCCUUAUGAGUGUAAUCAAUGUGGGAAAUCUUUUACAGCUAGGUCUGGCCUCCAAAAUCAUCAGAGAAUUCAUACUGGAGAAAGGCCUUAUGAGUGCAGCCAAUGUGGGAAAUCCUUUUUCCAUAGAUGUCAACUUCUUAUACACCAGAGAGUUCACACAGGAGAAAGGCCUUAUGUGUGCAGUGAAUGUGGGAAAUCUUUUAUUCAUAGAUGUCAACUUCUUAUACACCAGAGAAUUCACACAGGAGAAAGGCCUUAUGUGUGCAGUGAAUGUGGGAAGUCCUUUAUUCAUAGAUGUCAACUUCUUAUACACCAGAGAGUUCACACAGGAGAAAGGCCUUAUGAGUGCAGCCAAUGUGGGAAAUCGUUUACUGCUAGGUCUGGCCUCCGAAAUCACCAGAGAGUUCAUACUGGAGAAAGACCUUAUGAGUGCCGUGAAUGUGGGAAAUUGUUUAUUGUUAUUUCUGGCCUUAUUAAACACCAGAGAGUUCACACAGGAGAAAGGCCUUAUGAGUGUAAUGAAUGUGGGAAAUCUUUUACUGCGAGAGCUGGCCUCCGAAAUCAUCAGAGAAUUCACACAGGAGAAAGGCCUUAUGAGUGUAAGGAAUGUGGGAAAUCUUUUACUGCGAGAUCUGGCCUCCAAAAUCAUCAGAGAGUUCACACAGGAGAAAGGCCUUAUGAGUGUAAGGAAUGUAGGAAAUCUUUUACUUCUAGGUCUGGCCUCCGAAAUCAUCAGAGUGUUCAUACUGGAGAAAGGCCUUAUGAGUGCAGUGAAUGUGGAAAAUCUUUUAGCCAGAGACAAAUCCUCAGUACCCAUAGGAAAAUCCAUACUGGAGAAAGGCCUCAUGAGUGCAAAGAAUGUGGUAAAUCUUUUAUCCAAAAGUGCAGCUUAAUUCAUCAUCAGAGAGUUCACCGUGGAGAAAACGCUCUAUGAAUGCAGCCGAUAAGGACGCCACUGGGGUUCGGAGGAGUUUGACAUGGUAACAGAAUGGGAGGAACAGGUGCAGUCAUCAUGCAACAGAUGGACCAUUUCUAGAGAAGAAACUCAGGGUGAGGGAAGGGGUGUCAUCUGCUUGUGAACUCCCAGCAAUGGACAGGGAUUUAGGAUACAGUGCUAGGUUGACUGGUUCAGGCCAUGAGGAGUCUGGCCACAGCGCUCCUCUCUCACUCCCUACCCUGCUUUGGGGACUCAACACUUUGUCCAUUCGGACACCCUCUUGCCACCCUCACACAGACACAAAGAGUUCUGCUCAGGACACCCCCUCCUCCCCGCAUGUGACUGGACAGGACUGUCGUUUCACUGGGAACAAAUAUUGAUGGCUUUCCUAUGAAGGAUCCGACUUAUGUACCCGAUCAUGAUCUGGUCCUGCUAACUCCAUGCCACAGGUGUGCAGUAGAUGUGGGGCAGCCAAAAUCGAGAAACAGACUCAACCUUGGGAUGUGGAUGUGACCCAGUCCCAGGACAGAGAAAACUAAUCAAUGUAGGACACCACAUUAACAGAAGGAAGGAUGAAAAAUAACAUGAUCAUCUCAGUAGACAGAGAAGAAGCAUUUGACAAAAUUCAGCAUCCAUUCAUGAUGAAAACCCAUCCAGGUGGGUAUAGAGGGAACAUAUCUCAAUAAAGGCCAUUUAUGACAAACCCACAGCAAACAUCAUACUGGUGGAAAGCUGAAAGGCUUUCCCCUAAAUUCAGGAAGAAGAGAAGGAUGCCCACUCCCACCACUUCUAUUUCACAUAGUAUUGGAAGUCCUAGCCCCAGCAAUCAGACAAGCAAAAGCAUCCAAAUUCGAAGGUAAGAGGUAAAACAGAUAUUUUCAGAUAACAUGAUACUUUAUAUAGAAAACCCUAGU